UUGGCUUCGAGAAAAGUCCUUAGACCGAGAUGAGACGAGAUGGGCCUGUGGACCGUACUGCUGAGCAGCUUCGUCUUGGCCCAAUGCCAAGUCAAGGUCAUGACUCCAGGCUGGUUGAACCAGGAGUUCAAGCAAAACCACGGUAGGAUCAUGGGAAGCACGGCCACCUUUGGAGCUCCGUUCUACGGAGAGCGUGUCUUGGGCCAACUGGUCUAUGGUGCGCCGACCCGGAACAAUCAUUGCACCAAGGGCGAUUAUGCCAUUCCAAAAGCGAAGACCGACAAAGUAGGGAAAAGUCGCUAUGAGAAGGUGCGACUGAUCAACAUCGUCAUGGUGAGACGUGGGAACUGCUCCUUUACCACCAAGGUCCGAAUUGCUCAAGAUUUCAAAGAUGCCCACGCAGUCAUCAUUAUCGACAGAGAGGA